GCCUGGAAGGAGCAGACUUGCCUGGUAGCGGCGCGCAGCCGCGGGACCCUAAGUUCCCGGCGUGCGCCUCUCCCCAGCCCUGAACUUGCCAUCCACCUCCUCCUCCUCAUCGUCGCGGCCUUUGGUCCUGGCGGGGGUGGCAGAGGGCGGAAGCCCAGAGGCGCAGGUCGGGUAACCGGGAGUGUCGCACGUGGAACCCUCCCCAGCGUCCCUGGGGCUGAGGUCCAUCCCGAGGGACCCGAGGCCGGGGUGGGGCUGCGGGAGCGCAGGCCCGAAAAGUGGGAGGGGACAGGUUGAGGGGUGGUCUCUGAGGAGGAGCCAGGCUGGACUGUAUUGUUCGCCACUCGGCCUCCCGGAGCGCGCGGCGCCGCCCGAGGAGGGCACCGAGGCGCUCCACUUCCCGGGUCCCUCCGCUCCCCGCGCCCCGCGAAGAGAUUCGGACCUUUCAGCGCGCCCCGAGAAGGCUCUGCUCGGCUGGCGCGGGCCCAGAGGGAGGGGUCUGCUCAGGAGCCUGGCGCCGGGGCCCCCGCGAUGGCCGCGGGACGCAGUCGCAGGGAGCCGCCGCGAGGAUGCCGGGGCGCCCCUCCCUAGCGGGGCGCAGCCUCCUCCCGGUACUCCGCCCGACCAGCGGGAUGGGGGGCGGAGGGUCUGCCCUGAAGGUCUGCGCGGACCACCGCGGGGGCAUCAACUGGCUCAGCCUGAGCCCCGACGGGCAGCGCCUGCUGACGGGCAGCGAGGACGGCACAGCCCGGCUCUGGAGCACCGCGGACGGCCAGUGCUGCGCCCUCCUGCAAGGACACGAAAGCUAUGUGACCUUCUGCCAGCUGGAGGACGAAGCCGCCUUCACGUGCAGCGCUGACUGCACCAUCAGGAAGUGGGACUUGCUGACCGGGCAGUGUCUGCAGGUGUUUCGGGGACACACGUCCAUUGUGAACAGGAUCCUGGUCGCCAACAAUCAGCUCUUCAGCAGUUCCUACGACCGGACAGCUCGCGCCUGGAAUGUGGACAAGGGGCAGGUGUCCUGGGAGUUUCGGGGCCACCGCAACUGUGUGCUGACUUUAGCCUACUUGGCCUCCUGGGACCUCCCUGGGGCUCCCUGCAUGGAGGAGGCCAUGGCCGGGGGGCUCCUGGUGACAGGCAGCACGGAUGGCAUGGCCAAGGUGUGGCAGGUGGCCAGUGGCUGCUGCCACCAGACGCUGCGGGGCCACACAGGUGCCGUGCUCUGCCUGGUGCUGGACACACCCAGCCACACGGCCUUCACUGGCAGCACUGAUGCCACCAUUCGAGCCUGGGACAUCCUGAGUGGGGAACAGCUGCGUGUGUUCCGGGAGCACCAGGGCUCCGUCAUCUGUCUGGAGCUGGUGAACCGGCACGUGUACUCAGGCAGCGCCGACAGGACGGUCAAGUGCUGGCUAGCAGACACCGGGGAGCGCGUGCGCACCUUCGCGGCCCACGGACACAGCGUGAGCGCCCUCAAGUACCACGCGGGUACCUUGUUCACGGGCAGCGGGGACGCCCGCGCGCGCGCCUUCGACGCCCAGUCCGGAGCGCUGCGGAGGGUGUUCCGCGGCCACGCCUUCAUCAUCAACUGCAUCCAGGUGCACGGCCAGGUGCUCUACACGGCCUCGCACGAUGGCACCCUGCGCCUCUGGGACGUGCGCGGCCUCCCGCGCGCCCCGCCGCCGCGCCCCGGCGCCCCCAAGCGCAGCCUCUCGCGCCUCUUCAACAACAAGGUGGGCUGCGCCGCCGCCGCGCCCCUGCAGCCGGCCUGAGACCGACCGGCCCGCCACCCCACCGCCCGCGGAGGGAGCGCGGCCCGCUGGCA